AUGGAAGCCCGACUGACAAUUUACUCGGUUUUGACAUUUUUUGGGCAACUUUUAUUUACAUGUUAUAUGAUAAUCCUCUACAUUUCGGCUUCUCAGCUACAAAAGUUUGGUAUAGACCCCGAUUUGGCAGAAUUAAUUUUCUUGACAGUCUACAAUCAGUUUGCUUGGGUAAGCGAUAUCAGUACAAUCGCCAUCCCUGCAUUUUUGCUUCUUUGGGCUUCUGAAAUGAUGCAUUCUCACAUUUAUUCAUUAAUCCGAAAAAUUUGUUUUUUACCUAAAGAGAAUAAUAAUGUAGUUAUGGUUAUCCCUAAACAGGCAUUUACUUCGAGUACGACGAAUACAACUAAACAUACAAGCUCUUGA